CACCAACAUCUCCAUCACCCCAAAUCCAUUCUUACAAUGGCUAAUUCCUUCCACGGUCUCCCCUUACUAUUUAUGGCAACUCUAAUCUGCUCCGCCGCCGCCCAAAACGGGUUGACUUUCCCAAUCCGGCAUGACCCGAAAACCUCCCAAUUUUACACGACUUUCCAAAUGGGCAGCAAACCCACCGCCGUCACCGCCGUCGUUGACCUCGGCGCACAAUUCCUCUGGUUCUCCUGCGACGCCUACUCCUCCGCCACCUACGCCGCCGUCCCUUGCGGCAGCGCCGCUUGCGACCUCGCCCGCGGCAUCGGCUGCGUCGGCUGCAACGGCCCGGCCCGGCCCGGAUGCACCAACGACACCUGCGGCGCCUCCCCGUUUAACCCCUUCAUGAACGUCAUUCUUUCCCAGGGGUAUUACGAGGACACUUUGUUGUCCGGCGGCGCCGUCGCGGCGCGGCGGUUCAUAUUUUCUUGCAUGACGAACGACUACCUCGUCGGCCUCGCCAGGGGGGCCACCGGCAUGUUGGGUCUCGCCAGGACAGCAAUUUCAAUGCACAAACAGAUCGCUGACAAGACCGGCCGGCCGGAUAAAUUCUCCCUCUGUUUUCCGGCGGCCGGCGCCGGAAAACUGACGAUCGGAUCGCGGCAAUCGGAAUAUUCCGGCCCGCUCAAAUCGACGGCGCUGAUCAUAAACCCCGUCAGCACGGCGCCGAUUUACACAGAAGGCGACGCCUCCGAUGAGUACUUCAUCGGCGUCAGCGCCGUCGCCGUCGCCGGCGAGGUCCUGCCGGUGAAAAGCUCGUAUUUCACGAUCGACAAAAAUGGCGUCGGAGGUACGAAGAUCAGCACGAUACAGAACUACACGGCGGUCCAUACUUCGAUUUACAAGCCGUUGGUUAGGGCGUUUAACAAGGCGGCGGCGGACCGGAAAAUCAGGAGCGCGGCGGCGGUGGCGCCGUUCACCGCCUGUUACCGGUCGGAGACGAUUUCCAGGGGGGGCGCCGGCGCCGGCGAGCUGAAUUUGCCAGCGAUCGACCUGAUUCUGCCCGGAGAAGAUGUUUAUUGGAGAAUCGGCGGCGGGAAUUUGAUGGUGGAGGUUGAUCGGAAAACGUCGUGCCUGGCGGUGGUGGAUUCCGGGCGGCGGCCGCGGACGGCGGUAGUGAUCGGAGCGCAUCAGCUGACGGAGAAUUAUUUGGAGUUUGAUUUGGUUUCUUCUGUGGUUAAGUUCAGUUCUUCGCUUUUGUCGCAUAACACGAGUUGCUCUCGAAUUUAAAAUUAAUUAAUUAAUUAAUGGUCAUUAAUAAUUGUAGUUUUAUUUUUAAUUGCAAGUUUAAUGAAUAAAGAAUUCAAGAAUUUGGACGGCUCA